GUUUCAGAAUGCGUUCAAUCUUGGGUAGUUGUAGUUUACAAGAAAUUGAAAGAUUUCCACCCUCGUGUAACCAUAAUUCAAAAAUCAUUCAACAUCAACUUUAAUUUUGGCUUGAUCUUUCUUCUUCAAGAAAGUCAAAAAAGCCUACCAAUUUGGUUAUCAAAUGGACUACUAUAAUUUAUUGCCCGUACCAUUACUCAGAGCAGCACGAUCACUAAGCUGCGGAAGAAGAAGAAGAAGAAGAAGAAGAAGAAGAAGAAGAAGAAGGCCUAAAAUGGCUGACCUUGACCCAGCAAAGGCAGAGAAAGAUAAACCUACGAAGGAGCAGCACGAUGAAGAAGAACAGACAACAAGAAUAGCAAUUGCAGAUUCAGCAGCCGAACAUGAAGGCAAAGGCACGUGGAAGCACGCAGCUUUUCACGUUGCCACAACCAUCGCUACCCCUGCUGCUUAUGCUCCUUUACCUUUUGCUCUUGCUUCUCUCGGUUGGCCUCUCGGGGUGAGUAGUUUGGUGGGUGCAACACUGGCUACCUGGUAUUCCAGUCUACUGAUUGCGUCUUUGUGGAGAUGGAAUGGAAAGAAGCAGAUUACAUACAGGCAUCUUGCAGGGAGCAUCUUUGGAUUCUGGGGUUGCUGCUCUGUUGCAUUUUUUCAGCAGGUGGCUUCUUUAGGCAAUAACAUUGCCAUCCAAAUUGCUGCUGGAAGUAGUCUUAAGGCAGUGUACAAAUACUAUCACAAGGAAGGCACACUAACUCUGCAGCACUUCAUUAUUUUCUUUGGAGCAUUUGAACUUUUUCUUUCUCAGCUCCCUAAUAUCCACUCAUUGAGAUGGGUAAAUGCAUUGUGCACGUUAAGCACAAUUGGCUUUGCUGGUACUACCAUUGGUGUGACAAUAUACAAUGGAAGAAAGAUUGAUAGAAAUUUAGUCAGUUACAGUUUGCAAGGGAGCUCCUCUCUCAAGACAUUUAAAGCCUUCAAUGCUCUGGGGGCAAUCGCCUUUUCAUUUGGGGAUGCAAUGCUUCCAGAAAUACAGAAUACUGUAAGGGAGCCUGCAAAAACGAACAUGUAUAAAGGUGUAUCAGCAGCAUAUGUAGUUAUUAUCUUGACUUACUGGCAACUGGCAUUCUGUGGAUAUUGGGCAUUUGGAUCAGAAGUCCAGCCUUACAUUGUAGCAUCUCUAACCAUCCCAGAAUGGACAAUUGUUAUGGCAAAUCUCUUUGCUGUUAUUCAGAUAUCUGGAUGCUAUCAGAUAUACUGCAGACCUACAUAUGCCUACUUCGAGGACAAGAUACUGUGGAGCAAAACUGCUAACCACGUCACUGUCAAAUAUUGCCUAAUUCGUCUUGUUUUUACCUCCAUUUACAUUGUGCUAAUCACUCUUACUGCUGGAGCAAUGCCUUUUUUUGGUGACUUUGUGUCUAUAUGUGGGGCCAUUGGGUUCACUCCACUGGAUUUCGUCCUCCCUGCUACUAUGUAUCUGAAAUCUGGAAGAAUGCCCAAAAACACUAAUUUUCAAGUUCCAAUGCAGCUUCUUAAUUUUGCAAUAGCUACUUGGUUCUCAUUUGUGGCAGUACUGGGUUGCAUUGGUGCUGUGAGGUUUAUUGUUGAAGAUAUCAGGACGUACAAGUUUUUUCAUGAUAUGUAAGAAAUUUAAGUUGUUGUAUUCAGAUUACUAUAUUGCCAUGUCUUCAACGUUGCAAUGGAGCCUGAGGAAUGAACAUAGAGCUAUUUACAUAGUUACCAAUACCAUGGUGAAACCACGGAUUUGCCAGCUUUA